GAAUCUUACAGUAGCAGGCAAGGCAAGCCAGACUUUUUCAGGUUUUUGUCUUCAUACUUGGAUUACACAAACACUGUUUUUUGGGGCCCUAUUAUAAUUGACAACUAUUGCGACUGCUGACUGCUUCAGAAGAAUAGAACAAUUCUUGAAGUUCUCACCACCAAGGUAAAGCAACCGCCAAGGAACAAAAGCUUACAAGAUGAAAAAGAUUGCCUGUCCUGGGGUUGUCAGGAGAGACAGUAUUUCAGACGAUUCUUUAGAGUCCCCGGAACAGGGACCAUUACAAGGAAUGGAGCCAUACCUGGUGAGGAGGCUGUCUUGUCGAAAUUUGCAGUUGCCACCACUGGCCUUCAGACAAGCAGAGCAGUAUGACUGGGAUAGAAAGCCUGAAGCAGAGUGCCUACAGAGGCCAACCUCCCUUCCCCUCAGAACUCCUCUGAUUGCUAUAACAGCUGCAGACACCAGCAGUUUCGAUGUCGACAAUGGCACAUCUUCGGGACGAAGUCCCUUGGAUCCCCUGGCAAGUCCUGGAUCAGGGCUCAUCCUCCAGGCCAACUUCAUUCACAGUCGGCGGGAGUCCUUCCUGUACCGCUCAGACAGUGACUACGAUCUCUCGCCGAAAUCCAUGUCCAGGAACUCCUCCAUUGCCAGUGACAUGAUUAAUUGUCAUCAGAGACCUGGUUUGGUUUCUCGGAGAUCAGAACCAGUUCUUUCUGGAAAUCAUGGAGACGACCUGAUUGUAACACCCUUUGCACAGGUGCUGGCUAGUUUGAGAACUGUACGAAAUAAUUUUGCAACAAUAACCAACUUACCAGACCGAGCCUCAAACAAGCGAUCGCCCAUGUGUAACCAGCCGUCCAUCAACAAGGCCUCCUUUACAGAGGAGGCCUACCAGAAACUGGCCACCGAGACCUUGGAGGAGCUGGACUGGUGUUUGGACCAGCUGGACACACUACAAACCAGGCAUUCCGUCAGUGAGAUGGCCUCCAAUAAGUUCAAAAGAAUGCUUAACCGGGAACUUACCCACCUGUCUGAAAUGAGCAGAUCUGGCAACCAGGUCUCAGAGUUCAUAUCAAGCACAUUUUUAGAAAAACAACAUGAGGUGGACAUGCCUUCUCCAGCACAGAAGGAGAAAGACAAGAAAAAGAAGCCGAUGUCUCAGAUCAGCGGGGUGAAGAAACUAAUGCACAGCACCAGUUUAACAAACUCAAAUAUUCCACGGUUUGGGGUCAAAACGGAAAUGGAAGAUUCACUGGCAGCUGAGUUAGAAGACGUUAAUAAAUGGGGUCUUAAUGCAUUCAAAGUUGCAGAAUUUUCGGGAAACAGGCCUUUAACAGUCAUGAUGCACACAAUUUUCCAGGAACGGGAUUUGUUAAAAACCUUCAAAAUUCCUCUAGACACCUUUAUCACCUAUUUGAUGACUUUAGAAGAUCAUUACCAUGCAGAUGUUGCGUAUCACAACAACAUCCACGCUGCUGAUGUUGCUCAGUCAACUCACGUUCUGCUGUCUACCCCUGCUCUAGAGGCUGUGUUCACAGAUCUAGAAAUUCUUGCUGCCAUUUUUGCCAGUGCUAUUCAUGAUGUAGAUCACCCAGGAGUAUCCAACCAGUUCCUUAUUAGCACCAACUCUGAGCUUGCCUUGAUGUACAAUGACUCAUCGGUGCUGGAGAAUCAUCAUUUGGCUGUGGGCUUCAAGCUGCUGCAGGAUGAGAACUGUGACAUUUUCCAGAAUCUGACCAAAAAACAGAGACAAUCACUGAGGAAAAUGGUCAUUGACAUUGUUCUUGCAACAGAUAUGUCCAAACACAUGAAUUUGUUGGCAGACUUGAAAACUAUGGUUGAAACCAAAAAAGUUACCAGCUCUGGAGUUCUCCUUUUGGACAAUUAUUCAGAUAGGAUACAGGUUCUACAAAACAUGGUCCACUGUGCAGAUUUAAGUAAUCCCACCAAGCCGCUCCAGGUGUACCGGGAAUGGACAAACAGAAUCAUGGAGGAGUUCUUUAGUCAAGGAGACCGGGAGAGGGAGAGAGGCAUGGAGAUCAGCCCCAUGUGUGACAAGCACAACGCAUCAGUUGAAAAAUCACAGGUGGGGUUCAUAGACUACAUCGUCCAUCCUCUCUGGGAAACGUGGGCAGACCUGGUCCACCCGGAUGCACAAGACAUAUUAGACACACUAGAGGACAAUCGCGAGUGGUAUCAGAGCACAAUCCCGCAGAGCCCCUCCCCAGCCCCGGGUGAGCAGGAAGACGGCCGGCAGGGGCAGGCUGAUAAAUUCCAAUUUGAACUGACGCUGGAGGAGGACGGCGAGUCGGACACAGAGAAGGACAGCGGCAGCCAAGCUGAAGAGGAAGAGGAGGAGGAGGAGGAGGAGGAGGAAGAGGAAGAGGAAGAGGACAACAGCUGUAGUGACUCUAAAACCCUUUGCACUCAGGACUCUGAGUCCACAGAAAUCCCACUAGAUGAACAGGUGGGUGAGGAAGAGGAGGAGGAGGAAGAGGUCUCUGUGGAACCCUGCAUCGUAGAGGAGGAAGAACAGCCUGCCGACACAUAACAAUGCAGACAGCAUUAAAUAAUAAUGAAAUUAUUAUUAUUAAUAAUAAUAAUAAUAAUAAUAAAUAAUAAUAAUAAUAAUAAUAAUAAUAAUAAAAGUUCCAAAGCGCACAUGUUGCACAUCACAACCUUGUCCACUCCUCACUCCCACCGGGCUGGACAGAGUAGAUCAGAGACUGCUGGUAGUUCUAUAACUUUGCACUCAGGAAUAUUGUGUUAGAAUUUCAAGCUUAUUGGAGAAACACGUCAGUUGAUGACAUUCAACUCUCGGGUUCAGACGUUUUGAGGCUGGAGUGGGUUAUUUUGUUCUAGCAAACAUAAACUAUUCCAGAAUACUUGCAGUGGAUUAUAGCUUGCCUGAACAAGAAAGAAAAGAAUGAAAGGCUUUGUUUUUGUGUAACUGGAGAAAUGUGUACAACACUAGUCUGGAUGACAUCCCACCAGGACUCUUUCAUGGAAGAAAUAACAAGACAAUGUGAAAUGUGCAGAGUUGGGGGAAAAUAGCAACUUACCAACAAAAUACCACAAGGAAUAUGUUGUGUGGAUUAAACGAGACAAUUUUCUAAAUUUCAAGUCUUCCUUGAAAACUGACUGAAAAUAAAAUGCAGCUGUUGGGCUGUUUUGACCUCUUGAGUUUUUGUAUUGUAUGUAAAAUGGAGAUAUUUUGUAGAUUUUACUUUUUAAUUAUAACAAAUUUAUGGAAAUAUUAUAUUUGAAAUAAUAUUUUAAAGGUUUCAUCUGCUAUUGCAUUUUUCCUUUUUUGUAACAAGUAACUUGCAAGUUUGCUGUACAAAUCCAAGCAGUAUGGUUUGUUUUUUGUUUUUUGUUUUUUGUUUUUUUUUGUUUCGUUUUGUUUUUGCUUCGUGUUAAUAUAAAGCAUAAUCCCCAAGCACUUUUUAUUAUUACCAUAAGUAUGUUUAACAUCCAGUAUACUUUUGGGGCAGACAACUAUAUUUUUUUUUAACGCAGGUGUUCAUGUGUCUUUAUAUAGUGCUAAAAUUUUACUUCCACUGAAUUAAUUACAUUGCCUAUGAAAAAAAGGCCAGUAAAACAAUAGCAUCUGUAUGGAUCCAAUAUAGUUACAUUGUAAUGUAAUUCCAGUAAUCAGCAAAUGACAUGGAAAAGAGCACACUUUAAUCAAUAGAGCUCUAUAGGGCACUGCAGCACCUAUGUUCUGCUUUAUUCUGUAUGCAAAUGUAGACUAAAUAAUUUAAAAAUAAAUAUAUCCUGAAGAGUGGUUACAUGUAAAUCUUGUGUAAAUACUGCUGGGCAAAGGUUUUAACAACUCAGCAUAGUGUAUUUAUGCCUGUACAAUAUUGUAAUUGUGAGGGGGUCUACUUUAAUAGAUUUAAGAGUGAUGAUGUUUAGAUCCAGUGCCAUGCCAUUGUAGUAUGAGUUACACCUUGAGUUAACUUGGGAAGAAAACUGUCUGCACUAAAAAAAGGAAAUGCUGGUGUUAUCCAUGUCCUGAUUCCAAGGAGCGUUCAACACAAGACAAUCAGCAGCAUAAUGGUAGAGCCUCAGGAGUCAGAGCUAAAUACAUGCACUGAAGAGUUCACAAUGCUUUUUCUUGCCAAAACUGUGCACUGCACUUGGAGCUGCACACUGCUUCUUUAACAAUAAUACAGUUAAAAAAAAGUGACUUGUUUUCUUAAUUUUUUAAGUUUAUUUUUGUUUGUUUUGUCAUAUUAAAAUAUCUGUAGAACAUUAACAGUAACAUUCAUAGCAGUACAUUUUAGCUUGCAAGUUACUAUACCCACUUAUUAUUAUUUUAUUUGGUUAUGGUGAGGGUCUAUAGAUAGAACAAAAGAAAAACUUGAAUGGAUCUGGCUUUACUGAGCGCUUAGUGAAAAAGAGGUUCUUUUAAGUGCAUCGUUUAAAUCUUUUAUUAUUUUGUGCAAUUGCCUUUUAUUUUCUCACCAGAUGCCCUUACCUGUAAUACAGUCUCGUUUGUCUCUGUUUACAACCAUGUAUUUAUUGUGCUGUACAUACUAUAAUGUUUAUUGUAAAUUAUCGAUUGUUAUUAUAUCAUCCCUUAUGGGGGUGGUGUUGCUGUAUUUGGAAACUCUUGGUGAGAGAAUGAUUAUUAUAUAUACUUAUUCAAUGUAAAUGUAUCUUCUGUAAUACAAUAUGUCACCUUAGAGCUUGUUUAUGGAGAACUGAGGAAAGCCAAACCAGAUUUUAAAAAGCUGCAGGUCUUUGGUCCCAGGGCUGUGCCUUAACUUACAUUUUAUUUAUUUUAAUUUUUCUCUGUGCUGUAUUAGGAUUUUACAUGACUGUGUGGCUAGGGCUGGACAUUUUAACAUAAAACAAAUGCCUUAGGCAAGUAAAGCUUUAUGUUACGCUAUUAGACCUAAUCACUAUUUUGGGGAGUAAGAGUACACAGUGCCCAUGUUUAACUAUAUCUGAUAUUUUAAUGCAAUACUAUAAGAAUCCCAUUUUUAAACUGACAAAAUGUUCAGUUCUGUACAGUAGUAGUAGUGGUAUUUUAUAUUUAGUCUGAUACAACCUUUUACAAGUAAGAAAUUCAGGUGCUUAUUCUGUAAUCUACCUUUGCCCAGCCCAGUGAAUGUUUGCUUGUUUA